CAACAAGUCGAGUUUUUGUGCAGCAUUUUUACUACAAACAAAUAUUUUGCGGCAUUUUAAAAAUAAAGCCAUGUUCGGGACACCACAAGCAACAACGAAUCGAAUGAACGAUUUCGAGGUAGUAUCACCACCCGAUGACUCUGUUUCCGCGCUUGAGUUUAGCCCAAGCACAUUGCAAAAAAAUUUUCUAAUUGCGGGAAGCUGGGACAAUAGCGUGCGAUGUUGGGAGGUGGAGCAAAAUGGAUCAACAGUGCCAAAAUCUAUGAAAACAAUGGGCGGACCAGUGCUAGAUGUGUGCUGGGCUGAUGACGGAACUAAAGUAUUCAUAGCGUCUUGCGACAAACAGGUUAAGCUCUGGGAUUUGGCUUCAGACCAAGUUGUACAAGUGGCGGCACAUGAUGGACCGAUAAAAACGUGUCACAUGGUGAAAGGACCAAACUACACGUGUCUAAUGACUGGCUCCUGGGAUAAGACUUUAAAGUUUUGGGAUACACGAACGCCAAAUCCCAUGAUGGCAAUUAAUUUACCAGAGAGAUGCUACUGCGCGGAUGUGGACUAUCCAAUGGCAGUAGUGGGCACUGCGGGCCGUGGACUGAUUACUUACUCGCUGGAGAACAGCCCAACAGAAUACAAACGGCAGGAGAGCCCCCUUAAGUACCAACAUCGUACAAUUUCCAUUUUUAAAGACAAGAAAAAGACUCCGACCGGCUAUGCGUUGGGCAGCAUUGAAGGUCGUGUGGCUAUACAGUAUGUAAACCCAGUCAAUCCCAAGGAUAAUUUUACAUUCAAAUGCCAUCGGUCGACGGGUACCUCUGGUUAUCAGGAUAUCUAUGCUGUAAACGAUAUUGCUUUCCAUCCGGUGCAUGGCACCUUGGUAACUGUCGGCUCAGAUGGCACAUUCAGUUUCUGGGAUAAGGAUGCGCGCACCAAGCUCAAGUCUAGCGAGGCCAUGGAUCAGUCCAUUACAAAAUGUGAUUUCAAUGCCAAUGGACAAAUAUUUGCUUAUGCUGUUGGCUACGAUUGGUCCAAGGGUCAUGAAUAUUUCAAUCCAACAAAGAAGCCACAGAUCUUUCUGCGUUCCUGCUACGAUGAAUUAAAACCGAGGGUCAACUGAUCAGAGGCGUU